AAAACAUUAGUAUUCUGUUGUUGUGAAUUGUGAUAUAUUUGAUCAUGGCCAACAUAUCAUGGUCUCAUUUUCUUAUACUCAUGCUUGUGUUCUCAGUGGUUAAGAAGGGUAAGGGAGAUCAGACUGAUAAGUAUUGUACUAUAAUCAUUGAUCCAAGAACUCCAUGUGACCUUGUUGAUUGUCGCCUAAGCUGCUAUACGGGGUACAAUGGAGUUGGGAAAUGUAUUGCAUCCAAAGCUAGUAGAACUCCUAAUUGUGUGUGUACUUAUAAUUGUUAA